CCUCCUCCUGCUGCUGCUGCAGCGAUGUCGGGCGAGCAGGAUCCCGCCCGCCGGCGGAGAUACACGCAGGACAAUUACGACUUCCCCAGAGAACUGGAGUACAAAGCCGACCCACACCGGAGAGGGUCUCUCUGCGACAGGAACUGCACCGCCAUCAACGCCCAUGGAGACCUGGGGGACAUGCAUUCGGGGUCCCAUCACCAUGCGCAUGGCAUCAUUACCCCCAGGAUAGUGCCAGUGGUCCCCAGUCCUUCCUGCUGCCCUCAUCACUCGGAGGAGGUUCCAGCCUGCGACGGCUGCCUGGCGAAAACCACCAUCACAGCUGAGAACGAGGUGGAAGCCCACAAGCUCUCCAACAAUUACAAGUUUGGCUUUAAGAAAUGGAAGAGCCACGUGACCGCCAGGCCCUGGGAAGACCGUUCUGAGAUCGUGAAGGAGCUCUACUCGGACCUGAAUAUAAUCAAAAGCCCCAAAGGCUCUAUGGUGACGUGUGGAAACCUCUUCUACCUGCUGUUCUUCGGAUGGUGGCUGUGCUUGCUCUACGUCCUUGUUUCCGUCGUGAUGUUCCUCACCGUGCUGGGGGCGCCGUACGGAAAGCUGUGUUGGAAACUCGCUGGAUACUUCCUUUGGCCAUUUGGAAAGGUGAUUCAGAAGACGAAAGCCUACACUCAGAAUUGCAACAUAAAGUUCAACAAAUACGACGCCAUCGCCGAGGUGAAUGAAGCGAAGGAGACGACUCCACUUCUCAUCCGGCAGGAGUCAGCUAGUCCCGACAGCGCCUCUCACUGGCGGCGCGUCCACACCUACAUCUGGCUCUUCCUGGGCUACCCCGUCCUCUUCCUCGCCCACGGCCUGAUCUGCUUUGUCUGCUGGCUCCUCGUCUUCAUCAUCCCCAUCUGCAAGAUGAAUGCCCGCACGAUCACCAAGGUCUUGCUCCUGCCCCCAGAGCGCGUCCAUGUACAGCGCCUACGGAAGACCGAGGUCCCCCUUGAUGCUGAAGUUAUCCUUUGCUGCUACCGCGCUGUUAACGCUUAUUAUUACAAAUACGCUGUGGAUGGCAUCAACGUCUUCGCUGUCAAUCUGCUUCCCUUGGUUAUUGUGACGCUAGUUCUGGGCUACGCAGAUAAACAUAACUAUUACACCAGCUCUGUAACGAAGUUCUCCUUGGCGCUGCUGUCCAUAAUUCCUCUCUCAUACUAUAUAGGCAUGGCAAUUGCCAGUAUCUCAGCACAGAGUAACUUUGCGGUGGGGGCGGUGGUGAACGCCACGUUCGGCUCCAUCACGGAGCUCACCUUCUACAUCACCGCGCUCAUCAAGGGCGCCCGUGAGAAGAACAAGUGCUACGAGGAAAUCGUCAAGUCUGCGCUGACGGGGACUCUCUUGGGCUGCAUCCUUUUUGUCCCGGGCCUGUGUAUGGUAAUUGGGGGCAUCCGACACCAAGAGCAGAAGUUCAACAGCAGGUCUGCCGGGGUCAGCUCUGCUCUUCUCUUCCUGUCUGUGGGAGGCGUGUUUGCUCCGACGCUCUUCUCCAAAGUCUACGGGAGGCUGAUCUGCGGCGAAUGUCAGAACCUCACCCAAGAACCGCCCGGCCACUACGUUUGCCAGAGCUGCCACUUCGACUUGAUGGAGAAUAACGGGACCCUCUACUACAGCCAUGUUCAGCCCCUGGUGUACACGGUGUCGCUGCUGCUUCCCGUGGCAUAUGUCAUCGGGCUGAUCUUCACCCUGAAGACGCACUCGCACAUCUAUGACAUUCACAUCAGCGACUGCCACAUGCCCGGGCACCACCACAGCGCGGUGGUCCACUGGUCUCGCUGGAGGGCCAUGAUCAUCCUGCUGGUGGCCACCCUUUGCAUGUCCGCCUGUGCUGACCUGGCCACAGAGCACAUCAGCCCCAUCUUAAAGAACUCGCCGGUAUCUCAGUAUUUCAUCGGCGUGACGGUGCUUGCCAUGGUUCCCGAGAUCCCGGAGAUCGUCAACGGCAUCCAGUUUGCCCUGCAGAACAACCUCAGCUUGAGCAUUGAGAUUGGGAACUGCAUUGCCGUCCAGGUCUGCAUGUUACAGAUCCCCAUUGUGGUGCUUUUCACGAUCUUCUACCCUACGGACUUCAUCCUGGUCUUCAGUGACCUCCACGUCUACGCCAGCAUGUUCAGCGUGGUCCUCAUUAAUUACAUCUUCAUGGACGGCAAAUGCGACUACUUCCAAGGAACCGUGCUGGUGAUGGUUUACUUCAUCCUCCUUGCAGUCUACUACUUUUCCCCUUCUCCUGCCGGCUGCUGAAGCUUCCCUCCG